CUACAGAAGCAAGAAGAACUUGAAGACUGGAAAAAAAGAAAGGGACUUUUUCUGCUAAAUAUUUGUUUGCAAGUAGGUCUAUGCCAAGAGGAAACUUUACAGGAAUAUAUGGAUUUACUUCUUCCACCUGUGCAUGAAGGGAAAUGUGACUUUCUUCUGGAUCUGUACUCACAUGUGAAUGACUAUGAGAGUCAAACAGGCAGCAGUGUCCUACCAGCAUUACAAUCAAUUUAUCAGUCACCUGCAGUCUGGACCAUAAACCUCUCAGAGAGAAAGACCUCCAUCCUCCUAGAAGUGCUGAAACUCCAAACAGAGAAGAAAUCAGUAGAGCUGAUAGACUGGACAGAUGAUGAGAGUGAAGUGAGAGGAUUCAUCCAGUGUCUGCCAUACAUCUCACAACUGAGAUUUGUUGAUCCACCGAAUAAAUCAUCUGAACUGUGGAAAAAAAGAAAGAGUUUAUUUAUACUGCAUUUGUGUUUGCAAACUGCUGUCUGUCAGAAAGAGACCAUACAGACUGUGAAGAUGCUGCUGUCAUCUGUCAAUUAUGAGCAAUGUGAUUUUCUGCUGGAUCUGUACUCACAUGUGAAGGACUAUGAGAGUCAAACAAGCAGGAGUGUCCUACCAGCAUUACAGUCAAUUUAUCGGUCACCUUCAGUCUGGAACAUAAACCUCUCAGAGAGAAAGACCUCCAUCCUCCUAGAAGUGCUGAAACUCCAAACAGAGAAGAAACCAGUAGAGCUGAGAGACUGGACAGAUGAUGAGAGUGAAGUGAGAGGAUUCAUUCAGUGUCUGCCAUACAUCUCACAACUGAGAUUUGUUGAUCCACCAAAUGAAUCAUCUGAACUGUGGAAAAAAAGAAAGAGUUUAUUUAUACUGCAUUUGUGUUUGCAAGCUGCUGUCUGUCAGAAAGGGACCAUAGAGACAACUGUGAAGAUGCUGCUGUCAUCUGUGAAUUAUGAUCAUUGUGAUUUUCUGCUGGAUCUGUGCUCACAUGAGAAGAACUAUGAGAGUCAAACAGGCAGGAGUGUCCUACCAGUAUUACAGUCAAUUUAUCAGUCAGCACCUGCAGUCUGGAUCAUAAACCUCUCAAAGAGAAAGACCUCCAUCCUCCUAAAAGUGCUGAAACUCCAAACAGAGAAGAAACCAGUAGAGCUGAGAACCUUUACAGAUGAUGAGAGUGAAGUGAGAGGAUUCAUCCAGUGUCUGCCAUACAUCUCACAACUGAGGUUUUGUCCCUCUUUAUGUAAAAAAGAUUCAAAAAAAAUGAUCCAGUUCCUCGUGAAUCUGUUUGCUUCAGCAUCAGAGUGUGAAACAGAUACAAGAGAGAAUUACAUGAAACUAUUAACAUCUGUGUGUAGCUACACAACUUUCCCCUGUGAGAACAAUUACAGUGAUAAUCAACGAUGUGAUUUUCUGCUGGAUCUGUACUCACAUUUGAAGGACUAUGAGAGACAAACAGGCAGCAGUGUCCUACCAGCAUUACAACCAAUUUAUCAGUCAUCUCCUGCAGUCUGGAUCAUAAACCUCUCAGAGAGAAAGACCUCCAUCCUCCUAGAAGUGCUGAAACUCCAAACAGAGAAGAAACCAGUAGAGCUGAUAGACUGGACAGAUGAUGAGAGUGAAGUGAGAGAAUUCAUUCAGUGUCUGCCAUACAUUUCACAACUGAGAUUUAUUAAACCACCAAAUGAAUCAUAUGAACUGUGGGAAAAAAGAAAGAGAUUAUUUAUACUGGAUUUAUGUCUUCAAACUGCUGUCUGUCAGAAAGAGACAACUGUGAAGAUGCUGCUGUCAUCUGUGAAUUAUGAGAAAUGUGAUUUUCUGCUGGAUCUGUACUCACAUGUGAAGGACUAUGAGAGUCAAACAGGCAGCAGUGUCCUACCAGCAUUACAGUCUAUUUAUCAGUCACCUGCAGUCUGGACCAUAAACCUCUCAGAGAGAAAGACCUCCAUCCUCCUAGAAGUGCUGAAACUCCAAACAGAGAAGAAACCAGUAGAGCUGAUAGACUGGACAGAUGAUGAGAGUGAAGUGAGAGGAUUCAUCCAGUGUCUGCCAUACAUCUCACUGCUGAGAUUUACUGAGGUUUUCUUUGAGAAGAAAGAAUCUGUUGUUCAGUUUCUGGUGAAUCUGUUCACUGCAGCAUCAGAGUUUGACACAAAUACAGAAGAAAAUUACACUGAACUAUUAACAUCUGUGUGCAGCUACAAAUCUUUCCCCUGUGAUGAUGAUUAUGAAGAUGAUUUUGAUUAUCAGUAUUAUCAAUCUGGUUUUCUGCUGGAUCUGUACUCACAUGUGAAGGACUAUGAGAGUCAAACAGGCAGCAGUGUCCUACCAGCAUUACAGUCAAUUUAUCAGUCAGCACCUGCAGUCUGGAUCAUAAACCUCUCAGAGAGAAAGACCUCCAUCCUCCUAGAAGUGCUGAAACUCCAAACAGAGAAGAAACCAGUAAAGCUGAUAGACUGGACAGAUGAUGAGAGUGAAGUGAGAGGAUUCAUCCAGUGUCUGCCAUACAUCUCACAACUGAGAUAUGAUCCAUAUUUUUGGGAGAAGGAGCCUGAAAAGUGUUUACAGUUCCUCGUGAAUCUGUUCACUGCAGCAUCAGAUUGUGAAACCGAUACAGAAAUAAAUUACACUGAACUUUUAACAUCUGUGUGCAGCUACACAACUUUCCCCUGUGAGGAGAGAAACUUUCAUGGUUUUCAGUUUAACAUUAUUCAAUCUGGUUUCCUGCUGGAUGUGUACUCACAUGUGAAGGACUAUGAGAGUCAAACAGGCAGCAGUGUCCUACCAGCAUUACAGUCAAUUUAUCAGUCAGCACCUGCAGUCUGGACCAUAAACCUCUCAAAGAGAAAGACCUCCAUCCUCCUAGAAGUGCUGAAACUCCAAACAGAGAAGAAACCAGUAGAGCUGAAAGACUGCACAGAUGAUGAGAGUGAAGUGAGAGGAUUCAUUCAGUGUCUGCCAUACAUCUCACAACUGAGUUUUUACUGCACUAUUUUAACUCAAAAGAGAGACAAGUCAGCUAUCAAGUUUCUGAUUAAUUUGUUCACUGCCGCAUUAGAGUCUGGAGAAAAUUACACUGAACUCUUAACAUCUGUGUGCAGCUACAGAUAUUUUCCUCUUAACUGUUAUGACGAUGAGCUUCAGUUGAAACAAUCAGAUUUUUUGCUCGAUUUGUGGUCACACGUAAAGGACUAUAUGUCCCAAACAGGCAGAUCUAUCCUUUCAGUAUUUCAGUCAAUUUACAGGCUAACUCCUGCACUCUGGACCAUAAACCUCUCAGAGAGAAAGACCUCCACCCUACUCGAAGUGCUUAAACUCCAAAGAGUAAUAAAACCAGUAGAGCUGAUAGACUGGACAGAUGAUGAGAGUGAAGUGAGAGGAUUCAUUCAGUGUCUGCCAUACAUCUCACAACUGAGAUUUGAUCCUGUAUACUGUAAGGGUAUGUUUAAAAAUUGCUUCCAAUUCCUUAUGGAUCUCUUUAUAGAAGCAUCAGACUGUGAAGCAGAUACAGGAAUAAAUUACACUGAACUAUUAACAUCUGUGUGUUGCCACAAAUCUUUCCCCUGUGAGGAGAAAAAUCUUCAUGGUUUUCAGUUUAACGCUGUUCAAUCAGAUUUUCUGCUGGAUCUGUCUUCACAUGUGAAGGACUAUGAGAGCCAAACAAACUGGAGACUCCUACCAGCAUUACAGUCAAUUUAUCAGUCAUCUCCUGCAGUCUGGAUCAUAAACCUCUCAGAGAGAAAGACCUCCAUCCUCCUAGAAGUGCUGAAACUCCAAACAGAGAAGAAACCAGUAGAGCUGAUAGACUGGACAGAUGAUGAGAGUGAAGUGAGAGGAUUCAUCCAGUGUCUGCCAUACAUCUCUGAAAUAAGAUUUGUUGCAGAAACUAAUAAAUUAUCUAAACUAUGGGAAAAAAGAAAGAGAUUAUUUAUUUUGAAUUUGGGCUUGCAAGACGCUCUCUGUCAUAAAGAGAUCACAGAGACAACUGUGAAGAUGCUGCUGUCAUCUGUGAAUUAUGAGAAAAGGGAUUUUCUGCUGGAUCUGUGCUCACAUGUGAAGGACUAUGAGAGUCAAACAGGCAACAGUGUCCUACCAGCAUUACAGUCAAUUUAUCAGUCAUCUGCAGUCUGGAUCAUAAACCUCUCAGAGAGAAAGACCUCCAUCCUCCUAGAAGUGCUGAAACUCCAAACAGAGAAGAAACCAGUAGAGCUGAUAGACUGGACAGAUGAUGAGAGUGAAGUGAGAGGAUUCAUCCAGUGUCUGCCAUACAUCUCACAACUGAGAUUUGUUGAAAAACCUGAUCUACUAGAAUCAUCUGAACUUUGGGAAAGAAGAAAGAGAUUAUUUAUACUGGACUUGUGUCUGCAAGAUGCUCUCUGUCAGAAAGAGAUCACAGAAACAACUAUAGGCAUCCUACUGUCAUCUGUGAAUUAUGAGAAAUGUGAUUUUCUGCUGAAUCUGUACUCACGUGUGAAGAAAUAUGAGACUCAAAAAGGCAAAAGUCUCCUUCCAGCAUUACAAUCAAUUUUUCAGUCAUCUCCUGCAAUCUGGACCAUAAACCUCUCAAAGAGAAAGACCUCCAUCCUCCUAGAAGUGCUGAAACUCCAAACAGAGAAGAAACCAGUAGAGCUGAGACACUGGCCAGAUGAUGAGAUUGAAAAAGGAUUCAUCCAGUGUCUGCCAUACAUCUCACAACUGAGAUUUACUAAUGUUUUUUAUAAGAGCGAAUUGAUUAGUCAGUUUCUGGUGAAUCUGUUUACUGCAGCAUCAGAGUUUGACACAAACACAGAAGAAAAAUACACUGAAUUCUUAACCUUUGUGUGCAACUACUCAACUUUCCCGUGUGAGAAAGAGGAUGAUGAUUUUGAGUAUCAGAUUGAACAAUGUGAUUUCUUGCUGGAUCUGUACUCACAUGUGAAGAACUAUGAGAGUCUAACAGGCAGGAGUGUCCCACCAGCAUUACAGUCAAUUUAUCAGUCAUCUCCUGCAGUCUGGACCAUAAACCUCUCAAAGAGAAAGACCUCCAUCCUCCUAGAAGUGCUGAAACUCCAAACAGAGAAGAAACCAGUAGAGCUGAUAGACUGGACAGAUGAUGAGAGUGAAUUAAGAGGAUUCAUCCAGUGUCUGCCAUACAUCUCACAACUGAGAUUUACUCAUGUUUUCUAUGAGAAGAGAGAAUCUGUUGUUCAGUUUCUGGUGAAUCUGUUCACUGCAACAUCAGAGUUUGACACAAAUACAGGGGAAAAAUACACUGAACUAUUAAAGUCUGUGUGCUGCUACACAUCUUUCCCCUUUAAUAAAGAUUAUUUUGAUGAUUUUGAGUAUCUAGUUGAUCAGUGUAGUUUUCUGCUGGAUUUGUACUCACAUGUGAAGAACUAUGAAACUCAAACAGGCAGCAGUGUCCUACCAGCAUUACAGUCAAUUUAUCAGUCAUCUCCUGCAGUCUGGAUCAUAAACCUCUCAGAGAGAAAGACCUCCAUCCUCCUAGAAGUUCUGAAACUCCAAACAGAGAAGAAACCAGUACAGCUGAUAGACUGGACAGAUGAUGAGAGUGAAGUGAGAGGAUUCAUUCAGUGUCUGCCAUACAUCUCACAACUGAGGAAUGCUGAAGAGUAUAUCCCAUCACUGUGUAAAGCGUUUGGUCCUAAAGUGAAUAGAGAUGAGGUGACUCCUCUGCUUCAGGCUCUGGGGUUUACUGUCACUCUGAGUGAAAAAUUACCCAGCAGCACCUGCAGAUGUGUGGGGAGAGUGUUGAGUCUCUCAUCCUCAAAACUAAACCUGACUCUAAAGUUACAGGCAUUCUCUCUUGAAGGUGUCACAUUACUCUUUAGACACAUCACACACCUACAGACCCUCAGUCUGGAAGGCAGUAUGGUGAUGAUGAUGGUCAGCAGCUUAACUUCUGUCCUGAGACGACUGUCUGUACAAUUUCUGGAUCUUACUAAAUGUAAAAUAGAUGCGGCGUCUGUCACUGCUCUGUUGUGUCUUCAGGGACUCCAGACUAUCAGGUUGUCUAAAGAGACUCUUCAGCAGCUGGUUUCAGUUGUGUAUGAAGCACAGGAUGAUGAACUAACACGCUGCUUUCUGAAGAAGAUGUCUGAAGAUCUGACUUCAUGCUCACUGACCUGGGAAGUGAUUCAGUAUCUGCUACAACAUCAACCUUUACAAUUAAAGUUAGACUUUAGGAAAAGCAAAAUCACUUGUGAAAACAUCAGAGAUCUUCUGCCAUGGUUAGACAGAAUCAAUUUUAAAAGGUUGACCCCGAGUUUCAUCUUGUCCAUCAUUAUGGAGAUUUAUGAGAGUCGCUCUCCUCAGUUUGUGUCCGGUCUGUUGAGUUCAGCUGAGAAUGACAUCAACCUGAAGAACAAAGUGUUGAAUUCAGAUCAGUGUUCAGCUCUGUGCUUCACUCUCCAGCAUUGUAACACUGUCAAACUCAAUCUGUUCUGGACCUCCAUACCAGAGGAGGAGCUAAAGAGACUUCUGCCCUUACUCAACAGAGUCACACAACUCAGUGUUGACAGACAGCUGUUACUGAAGCUGCUUCAUUGCUGCAUUUCAUCUGAUGACCAACAGGAGGCAGCAAAUCUUCUGCUCUCUGCUCUUCAGUACAGACUGGAUUUCUCAUCCUGCUCAAUUUUAGACCUGACAGUCACAGAAGAGAAACAAAACUAUUUGAACCUGACGAUAAAAGACUGUAAAAUAAUCUCAUCUGUGCUUCAGAAAUCUCAGAGUGUUGUAAAAUUGGUUUUAAAGGACUGUGAGGUCUCUGAUUCAGCAGUGAAACGACUUCUUCCAGUUCUGUCUCAGGUUCAGCUCAGCUGUAGUAAAGCUCUUCUGCUGCAGUUUAUAGCUUGUAUUACUGAAGAUGCAGAGAAAGGAUCUUUGAGGUGGGUUCAGGCUCUUUUAAAAGCUUUAGGAGGUGAGGUGGACCUCAGUCACACUCAGAUGGAUCAGAGAUUUUGUGAACAGCUGUCAGUGUUUCUGGAAUAUUCUGAUGGAUUGACAGAACUGGACCUCAGUCACUGCAGACUCACUGAUCAAUACAUGAAUCCACUCUUACCACACCUGCACAAGACUCAAACUCUAGAUCUGAGUCACAACAAUAUUACUGAUGAACUAGCAAAGAAAAUACACAGCGUUGUUUCCACUCACGACAAUAUUCAGAUAGUACGACUUUUUGGAAACAGAAUCAGAGACAAACAGCAGUUUACCAGAGUCAAGCAAAUUGAAAUAUGGUGAAGACACUUAACUCAAUUUGUCAUGUUGUAAAUAGUUUAAAACAUGAUUAAGAAAAUCAACCACUAACAUGACUUUGUUUAGUAACAUUAUUAUUGAAUUACAUUUCUUCAUCUUUUAAAUAUUUUUUUUAGUUUGAACCAAAUCAAAUGGAUUAAUGUAAACUGUAUAGUUUAUUACAGAUUAAAUACUGUAUAUUGGUUAAUAUUUUAGCAAAGAUUUCAUUAGUUGAGUAUGUACAGUGGUGUAUAUACUGUAUAGGAUUAUGCCAGGAUAAACAUGGUUAUAUUUUUCUUGUGAUUAUGGUUAUAUUUUCUGGUAUAUCCAGUAAAACCUACAUUUCAAUUUUCAUCUUAGUAACAACAUACAGAAAAUUAUGUAAAGAUUUUUACACUGUUACAAAUGAAGUAAGAUCUGUAUGUGUGCUCAGAAAACAUCAGGCUGCUUUUGUCUUUCAUUAAGCGUUUAAGGAUAAAACAUAUCAACUGUUAUGAGGGUUUUAAUAAGAUUUUAAGGUCCUGUCACACAUGAAGACAUGUUUAUUUUGUAAAACGUUUAUUUUGAAGCCAACCAAAACGGUUUUAAUAUUUAACUACACUGAAAUGAAGAAUUGUUGGAUUUAUGUACACUGUAAUUUAAUUAUAGACACUGGUUUCACAUGAUUGAAUAAAGUUUUCUUAAAAUAAAUUAACAUCUUACCUCUGGUCCUUA